AAAUGAAAACUCUUACAUCAUUCAUUCCCCCAAGUUCUGAAUUCCCUCCAAAAUGCUGUCCCCAAAAGCAACAAAUUUCUCCAAAGGCCACCACUUUCCCUCUCCCCCCACCUCCUCCCCAAGACCUUCUCUUUCUCUCUCUAGAGAGACAGCCAACUACCCAAUGACCUCCAUUAAUGGCUUCCCUGAGACCACCCACCAUCUGGGCCACCGACAAGAAUAACUCCUUCGCGUUCGCCUCCCCACCACCGCCCAUCCCCACCUCACCCACGGCCAGGAUCACGCCGGCUCUCCUUAUCAUCAUCGUCAUCCUUGCGGUCGUUUUCUUCCUCUCGGGCCUCCUCCAUCUCUUCGUCCGCUUCAUUUCCCGCCCUUCCUCCUCGCCCUCCUCCUCCCCGCCGGCCGACUCGGCUGACGUCCAGAUCCCCGCUGUCGACUCCCGCCAACUGCAGCAGCUCUUCCAUCUCCACGACUCCGGCCUCGACCAGUCGCUCAUCGACUCGCUCCCGGUCUUCUCGUUCCGCUCCGUCUCGGCCGGCCCGAGGCGAGGGGGGGAGGCCUUCGACUGCGCCGUCUGCCUCUGCGAGUUUGGCGACCGCGACCGGCUGAGGCUGCUGCCCAACUGCGGCCACGCCUUCCAUCUUUCAUGUAUCGAUACGUGGUUGCUCGCGAACUCGACCUGCCCGCUCUGCCGGGGCAGCAUGCUGGCCGUAGACGGCCUCCUGGGCAUCAUGUAUGAUGAGGAGAAUCCGGAUGAUGGCUGCCCCAAACAGCAUGGUGACGAAGAAGAAGAAGAUGAUGAUGAUGGUGUUAGCACCAAGGUGUUCGAUGUUAAGCUAGGUAAGUUUGCGAAUCUGAAUGCUGAGCAUGAGAAUGGUGAUGAUGAUGGUCAUGGGGAAAGCAGCGGUGGGUAUGGUGGUGGUAGCGCUAGUGUUGAUGGUAGGAGGUGCUUCUCAAUGGGCUCAUUUCAGUAUGUGGUGGGCGAGCCCAGUUUGAGGGUGAAGCUGGCGGUGCGGGUGCCGCCGGGAAGAUGGGACCGGCCGGGCUCGAGCAGUGGGCUGGGUGGGAGCGGUGGGGCUCAUGGUGAUGGCGGUGAGUUGGAAUUGGAGGACAUGAGAUUGAGCAGGAGGAGCAGAGGGGACAGCUUGUCCAUUUCAAAGAUCUGGCUGUGGCCUAGGAGGAGCCCCUUGGUGGCCGAGAGCUGUGAUGGUCCUGGUCAUGGGGUCUAACCGAGUUUUAGUUAGGUUUUUAGGGGUGAGCUUCUGUGGUUGUCGACUGUAAUGACAUAGCCACUGCUCAAUUUAUUCUUGAUUCUCAGAUAUGAUUGUAAUUGUCCUAUUCGUGCACAUGGGUUUGUCCGCAGACAGGUGUUUAGGCCUAGUGAGCAUGACGCCAUUGAUGCAUAAUGACAUACUCACAUGAUGGAUUCUGGACGAUGGUUUAUUGCCACAGAGUUGUGUUUCAUCUCUUCACAUUUGGUAGCUAUAUUUCAUCUGUGGAAUACAUCAGUUCAUGUAUGAACUUGCACACGCAUACAUGUUAGCAAGGUGUUUGGACUUA